AUGUUGGUGGCAGUAAUGAUAGUGAUGGUGAUAGGGAACCUUCUGGCUCAGACAGCGGCUCAAAAAAUCCCAUUUAAAGAAUGUUAUCCAGCUUGUCUUGUGGAGUGUAAAGCUGGUUCAAAGUUUCCAAAGUAUCUUAAGUGUCCAUUUACGUGUACCAAAGAAUGUCUUCAACAACCUUCUCCACCAUCUGUUUCUUCAAACAAUAUCGAUGAAUCUGAUUAUUUCUGCAAACUCGGAUGUGCAACUUAUCAUUGUGUUUCUCUUUCUUCCAUCCAAAAUCCGAAUGUGGAAAGAGUAUCAGCAUGUGUGGAUUCAUGCUCAAACAAGUGUACCAAGAAAAACUAGAAGCGUUGGUACUAGGAGAAUUCAUGUGUGAAAAAAGGAUCUGAAGACUGGGCCAAAAGCCC